CCACCUCCUCCUCUGAACAACUAGCGACGGACACCGCUCUCGAUGUCCGUUGCCCCUCAGAUGAAUCCUCACCCCGACGUGGCGUUCAUCAAGCAAGAACACGACGACAGCGCGUGUCCUGGGACGUGGCCCGACUUGACGGUAAAGCGCGAAGACUUCGUCGAUGCUGCCGUUCAGGAUGUUAAGAUCGUCAAAGCUGAGGGACCCACUGUGAUGAUGCCAGAGGAGACGGGGAGCCCCCACGGAGGAUGCCCGGCCACUGCAGAUCGGAACUUCAUCGAGGUGGAGUUGCUGGAGGAAGAUGUUGGUCAAGCAGAUGAAGGAAGUUCAACCGGACUACUUUGCAGAGCGUGCCAGACGGAUCGUGGCCGACGGUUAAGAAGGAAGCUGGAUGAGGCACAAGGCAUCGGCCAGGUCCUGCGAGGCUGCGUGCGGUGCGGGAACAAGCUCGGAGGCUCUGCGCCACGCACGAACAGGAGGAAACAGAGCGGAGAGAGGCCGCGCCCGAGUGUGCCACGCGGGAAGGAUUCCGCAUUGGCGGAGGAGUCAAGAGGGCUCGAAGCGACGGACGCUGUUGGCGAUAAGCCGCACGUCUGCAAGGAAUGCGGGAAGGGGUUUUCAAAACAUUCCGCUUUAAACAUGCACUCCAGAACGCACGCCAGCAAGAAUCUGCACGUGUGCACAGAAUGCGGGAAGAGGUUUUCAAAGAGUUCCAGUUUAGAGACUCACUCGAGAACGCACACGGGCGAGAAGCCGCACACGUGCAAGGAGUGCGGCAAGGGGUUUUCAAAGCGUUCCAAUUUAGAGACGCAUUCGAGGACGCACACGGGCGAGAAGCCGCACACGUGCCAAGAGUGCGGGAAGGGGUUUUCAAAGCGUUCCAAUUUAGAGGCGCACUCUCGGACGCACACCGGUGAUAAGCCAUACGUUUGCAAGGAGUGCGGGAAGAGGUACAUACAGCGUUCCAGUUUGGAGAUGCAUUCGAGGACACACACCGGCGAGAAGCUCUACCUGUGCAAGGAGUGCGGGAAGAGGUUCCCGCAGCGCUCUCAUUUGGAAAUGCACUCCAGAACGCACACCGGCGAGAAGCCGUACGUGUGCAGGGAGUGCGGGAAGGCGUUUUCGCAACGUUGCGCCUUAAACACUCACUCCAGGACGCACACGGGUGAGAGGCCGCACGUGUGCAGGGAGUGCGGCAAGGGGUUUGCGGCGCGCACCUACCUGAACAAGCAUUCCAGAACGCACACGGGCGAGAAGCCGAACGUGUGCAAGGAGUGCGGGAAGGGCUUCGCGCAGCCCUCCGACCUGAAGACCCACUCGCGGAUACACAGCGGGGAGAAGCCGCACGCGUGCAAGGAGUGCGGCAAGAGGUUCACCCAGCGCUCCAACCUGGAGACGCACGCCAGGACGCACACCGGCGAGAAACCGUACGCGUGCGACGAGUGCGGCAAGAGGUUUUCGCAGCGCUCCAAUUUGGAGAAACACUCGAGGACGCACACGGGCGAGAAGCCGUACAUGUGCGAGGAGUGCGGAAAGAAGUUCACGCAGCGCUCCAAUUUGGAGAAGCACUCCAGGACGCACACGGGCGAGAAGCCGCACGUGUGCAAGGAGUGCGGGAAGGCGUUUUCGCAGAGUUACAAUCUAGAGACCCAUUCUAGGACGCACACCGGCGAGAAGCCGUACGCGUGCAGGGAGUGCGGGAAAAGGUUUACGGAGCGUUCAAAUUUAGAGAAGCAUUCCAGAACGCACGCCGGUGGGAAGCCGCACGUGUGCAAGCAGUGUGGGAAGGGGUUUGCAGCACUUAAUGAGUUAAAUAAGCAUUGUAGAACACACGCGAGGGAGAAUCCACAUUUACUAAAGGAAUGUGAGAACUGAAUUAAAGGCAUUUUAGAACGCACCCUAAGGGAGAAGCAAAACGUGUCCAAGGAUUGCGGAGAGGGUUUUGCAUAGUGUUCGCAUUUAGACUUAUUAAGCAGUCCCCCUCCUUAACCCCCUUCCAUUCCUCUCUCAAAGCCUCACCUAUUCUCCAUCGUUCAUUCCCUUCUUUCCCGCCUCUCCCCUGUAGCCCCUUUCGUGAUCCCCCUUAAGGACCCCUCCAUCGCUGCUGUUACUCACUCCUAAAUACCCUCAUAGCACUUCCCCCGAGUGCCAACAACAUCCAUUCUGCGUCGCCAUUUCGUUAGGCUAUGUCAAAGAGAGCGCCUUGAUUGAAGGCGCUGCCUCUAUGAAGAUACAAUUAGAUUAGAAUUGGCGAGGUGCCACACAGUCGUACAAGGAGAGUUGGAAAGAGUAUUUUGUGUGUCAAUGCCGGUUAAAAGACAAAAACCACAACACACAUUGUGCAAAGGAUUGUGGGACGCGGUUUUCAUUGAACGAUAUUGUGAACAGUCAUUCUAUAGAACACACUGUUGAAGCGUUUUCUUUUUUAAUGUAAAGCGACGUUGAUUGUUUUUGAAUGCUCUUUUAUUUCUGACUGCGGACACGACAGUGCUGUAACGUUUUUUUUCACAGGAUAUAACAAACAAAAAACUAUAAACAUCAAUUUGAAGAUCAUUCCAAAGCGCAUGGUCUGAUGCAUGUAUGCUUAGCGUAAAAAAAUGUAUUUCACACCUGAAUUGUUACAUUCCGAAUUAAUAUUAUUGUUAAUGGCUGCCUAUCAUUAAAUCAUAUACUUGUGAAAAAGUCUACAAAACAUGCAUAAA